UACUCAUCAGAUAUGAAAUUGAUGAUGCAGGAUGUAGACAAAGAACCAGGAGAAGUGCUUUUGUGCCAACGGUGAAAAUCUUGUAAUUGCUCACAACAUCGUCCAACACCGAGGGCACCUACUAGAAAGACAAUCAGAAAUGAUCAGAGAUAGAAUGGAAAGACUUGUACUCCUUCCUUUCUCUAUUGGUUGUGUCUCUGAAUCAAGUGUGGUUUUGGGUGCUAGUACUGAUCAAAGCAACAGGCCUAGAACUAAAACAGACACAAUCAACUCAUUAUCAAGGACGAAAGAAGACGACGAGGAAAGCUCAUCCAGUGAUCAUAGUAUGAAGAAUUCAAUGAGGUUUCUCCAGUCUCUUCCAAAGCCUCACAUUUCCACUGGAUUUCACAGGCUUUUCAGGACCUUGUCUCAUUUGUUUGUGUACAAGGAAGACAUGGAAGAUGGUGAUCUAGAGAUGGAGAUGGAAAUAGGUGGCCCAACAGAUGUGAAGCAUGUGACACACAUUGGGUGGGACAAUCUCAUUGGCCCUGAAUUGCUCUCUCUUCCUUCCCCUACUUCUCCUCCUCCUCCUAAGCAAUUUGAGUAAUGAUCUUGAUAAGGGAUUUACCUAAGCUAAGCUUAAGAGAUGAAAGUGGAUAUUGAUAUUAUUGGGUAAUGAUAGAGAUCUUGGUGGAAUGAUGGGUUUGUAUGUAUUGAAAUGUUUAUAUAGAUCAGUUUGUGUUUAUCAAAGAGUUCUGAUGAGACUGGCCAUGUUUCAUA